ACAACGAAAAAGGCGGAGGGGAUAGAUGUAACGGGAACACCAAACAGGACGGACCUCACUGUGGAAUGGUUACACACAAAGUGCUACGGGGGAAUUCGUCCAUACCAGGAUGGUGUAGAAAUCCGAAACGGCCGAUCUGCACAAACAUCCGGGUACAUUUAAGGUUUGUGAGCCCGCCGUUUGUAUUCAGGGUUUUACAUUGGGGCUUUGCUUCAAAGGUUUUGUUGGUGAGCCUAAUGCUUUCACGCGACACACGCCAGUGGAGGCCCAACAGGGAAGCACAACGAAACCACGCAACAGAAUCGUCAAGCAGGUUUGCAGGCAGCACACGGCUAGCACGUCCCACUCGUGUCAUACAUCCGUAGACUCUUUCGGGCUUUUCCCACGUAAUAUACCCGUGCGGUUCCAUUGUGGCAAUUCCGAUUGCACGAAUCUUAACGCAGUCAGCUGCAAAAUGAACUGUCUCCUGGCUCAAAGGCGGCUUGUUCCCAUAUACCUUUCUACCAGCGGAACACUAUUUUCCAUCCCAACCCUUCGAACCUUCUCCAGCAAAACAAGCAAAGGAAAGUCAAAAUCUUCCGACUCCCCUGAGAAGAAGGCGGAAUCUCCAGCAGACACGCAAAAACCAGCUCCGCAGAAAAUCCCUCAGCGUCUCCGUCGAAAGAAGUCCAACCUCACUGUUGCUCGUCAAUUGACCAAAGAGGUAAAGGACGGACAGGGCCUGGCAAUUUUGAAACCCGGCAACGCAAUCUCCUCCAACAAAACACAAUUCUACCGAUCCACCGCGUCGGGAACCUACCGCCGCACGCACCAGCUAACUCUUCUCAACGCCUCCGCCUUGCUCAAUACGAAGGACUACUGCGUCAGCUCCGCCAACUCCGCUACCUCAAAAUCUGGAACCGAAGCGGCCCGACGAUUGCUCCGGGGAAAGCGAGACUUUGUUGCCCACCUGCGGCAGCAUGUAUUGCGCAAGGCACCGCUACGAGGAGCCAGUCCGACGAGCUUUGUCCUACAAGGCCACGGGGUUCCCGUUCAAUUAUUGCAGGAUCACAUUAAUCUGGCGGAUGGUAUUUUGACGCAAGAACACGACGCGGCCGCUGUGUCCUUCCAGCAGUAUAGAGAUCGCAGCGACGACACUAGACAUGCGUACGAGCUGAGCUCAAACUGGAUUAUGCGGGUGCGUUCGAAAACGGGGACCAAUCUCGCCAACCGACUGGCACACGACGGUCCCUGGGCAGCGUCCAUGGAAUUGUACCUAGCUGCCAUGAACCGCAUUACAACGGCACUCGGGGUAGUCUUACAGCAUGAAAUAGGAGAGAUAGUGGAUGAGUAUGAGGAUGAGUACGAAAACGUCUUCACAGAAACAAGUCAAGUAUCGAGUUACCCCCCAGCCGCCCGUCACUGGAAUGUCGAGUUUUUACGUGGUCUUACCUAUCCACCGGAAUGGGUGCCUCCUUACGAACCAAGCAACAGUUCAGAAGUCUCAAAGGAUCCCUCCCCUGUACCGAUGGUCGAAUGGAUUCCUCUCCAAGGAGCGCUGGCGCCGGGACACGUUACGGUCCGGGUCCAAGGUUUUGCGUCAUCACCCUCCUAUGACAAUACCCGUAUGCGACGACGGAAACCCCAAGCUGUGACGCUCUGUUUCGACGCCUGCUUUCGCAAUCCGACACUACCAUCAUCUGUACAAUCGUAG